GGUAUAGAUCGCCUCCUCUUCCUUUGCCUCUGUAAUAUCGUCUUAUGCUUUUCUCAUCCUUCUCAAGGCUGUCAUCUGAGAGACAUCGGCUGAUUCCGCCAGAUGCUAGGCGCCCUUCCUGAUCGGCAAGCUUGUCAAAUAUUGAAUACGUUACAAGUCAGACCUUCUUGGCAUAUUCCCGUUCCUACAUCUGAAUGUUCCUGUGAUUCCGGGCCAUGCGCUCGGCACCUCGCUCUACUGGCCAGCAAGAAAGUCCGGCUCAGAGCUCGCUUCCACCGUCUCGAACAAGUGACCGUCAGGCCGGUAGCGAAGAGGUAGCAUGCGGCGCAACGAUGGAAUGGAGUCCUCCUGUCUCUCCCUCACACUUUCCUCCAUCUACCGAGGCUCCCAGAUCGAGCACUCUCAAUGCCUUUCUUCCUCGAUCGUCUCCAGAAACCCACAUCAAAGUCGCAUCUGAAGCAGACCAUGCCUCUGUUGGCUCUGCGCUCUUGUCUACUGGCGUGGUAGGCCUUCCUUCCUCCCAUCUACUGCCCGAUGCGCUAGUCAGUGAAGUCUCUCCAGACUCUGCAUUGCUGCAGAGGCAUGCAAGUCUCAUCCUCGAUGGAGCUCGUAACGUCUCCUCCGCUGCUGCGCAAAUAGAUCCCAGCAAUCCCAAUGACUCGGCUCGCAUUCGCCUGGCCCACAUCGCUGCCAGGGCUGCCCAAGGGGAAGCAGAUCGGCAGUCGAAGGCGACCACGACGGCAUCCUCAGCUGUUCUUGUGUCCGAGAAGGAGCGAAACCUUUCAGUGACGCCGCACUGGGAUCCGUUCGAUGCUCAUGCCGGGGUUCCGUCUUUGCCCUUGCUUCCCACCACUCCGUUGAUCCAGCUGCCGUUUGCCUUGGGUCCGUAUCUGCCAAGGCUGAAUCUGCCGCAUUCAAGUCCUGAUAUGACCCACGGCAGCUAUCGUGAGGGCAACCAGGAUGACGUUCUGACGCCCCGCACGGAGAUCGUACAGUCCCCUGGCGGCAGUAUUCGGGCGGGCUUCUUCACGAAGACGAAAAAGACGGAGAGCGAAGAGGAUGUAGUUACCGUCUUUGAGCCGAGCUACACAUUCAAAGGUGAUCAAUAUGCUGCCCUUGCCACUCAAGCAGCGUAUGCAACUUCCCUCCUCACAACAAGUACCGGCGGAGACAAAAGUCAGCACAGUCCCUCAAUUGCCAACGAGUCUUUUAGACCCUUCGUGCCGCCUCCACUGAGCCCCAAUGAUACUGCCGCACCGGUGCGACCUCUGUCUCCCGGAGAGCAUGUGCUGAUCGCCGAGACGCUCCUCGCCUGGGCAGGGCUUCAUGGGCCACAGCGUCAGGCAGAAGCGCUCGCAGUGCUUCAGCAGCACAAGGCUGGCAUACAGCACAUCGGCUCAGCCGCUGCCGGCAUCUUCCCGCCAGACUUUGCAGCCGUUUAUACUCGGAUCUUGGCUGAGCUACAUCAGGAUCUCUACCAACAGUAUCAUCGACGAUCUGCCGAAAAGAUCUCGUCUGUCGAUGCCUUAGAAAAUACGCGCGCUAGAGGGACCGCUCGACUUCGAUUCGAUGUCUCUGGGCGUUCGGCGCCUCUAUCGUAUGCUGAAAUAGCCGACAGAGCUCGCAAGCUGGGAAUACCUCAUGCGUCGCUCGCGUUAGUGAUUCAGAAUGCCGCGGGCCUAGGACAGGCCUAUCUUGGCAACGCUCCUCAGGAUGGGACGCAGCUGGCAGGCUUGCCUGUCGAGCACGUGAGUGCUGGAGAGAAUUCAACGAUGGCAGUCCAUGAUCUUUUGCGCUUCGCACACCACCUCUAUCAGGCUGGGACUCGGACCACUCAAGCUUCGGAUGGUACGGUCAAGAACGAGCUACACCCUGCCCUCUUGCCGCUUCUCCACACAGUCGCGGUUCUGCAUCCAACCCAUCUGCCUACACUGCUCCUGCUCUCGUGCGCUUACUAUUCCAUUCGAGACUUGAGGGCAUCGCUCUUCUGGAAUAUGCGCUGUCUAGAAAUCGAUCCUGAAUAUGUCGAGGCCAUGAGUAACAUUGGGACUACACUGCGAUCUAUGGGAAGGACAGAAGAGGCAAAGACCUGGUGGGAGAGAGCUCUUACUCUCCGACCGACCUAUUGGGAUGCCUUCGAGAACCUCCUUGGCCUUACUUGCGCUCAAGGUCAACAGCAGAGGCAGCAGAUACCAGUCGGCCACAAUGGUGUGGCCGAUGAGACAUUGCGAUGGAGACAGGCCCUGAAGUUGUGUGAGCAUGUCGAAUCAAACGUCUUGAGCCCGACUUCCGGCCGACAUACGUUUCUUCCACCAGACAUGAGAGCAUCUAAUCUUCCGCGACUUCAACAGCUGCUCUACUCCGAGGGCAUUCUCAAGACGGCAGCUCUUGGCAAGACCGCUUCUAGUUGCAUCGACUACAUGCGCGCCAUCGAACUGGUCAUCUCGCCAUCCGCAUCACGCUGCUAUGCCUUCCGAGAUCUCGUUGCGGCUGUAACAGUUGCUGCUGUAGUCAUCCAAGGCACUCAUCAGCAUGUCCACACGACUGAUGAAAGAGUCAUCGAUGUGCUUUUGACGCUUGGUCUCGACGUUCGGUCUAACCAGGGCUUGCUUGACCUCGUUGCAACAGGACAGUGGCAACGGCUGUGCGCUGGAGGUCUACUCGAACUAGUGAAGAGAGCAGGAGAGUCUCUCGUUAAUGCUUUGGUCACUUUGGGAGGUGGCGAGUAUCCUACGCUGCUUCUCCUUCCCGAACAAGCUCUCCGUAUUCCUUCGCACCUCUUCGCCAACUUCGAUGGAGAACUACCCUCGAUGGCCACCGCUCGUGCUGCUUUCCCGCAAGAGUCUGGCUAUGACAAAGCACUCUUGCGCUGCAAGCAGACGAGCACAACGAUCCUCUUGACACUCGCAAAGGUCAUGCAAGAGGCUAUGACCUCUCCUGCGGCUCAUCGAGCUGACCAUUCCAUCCACGGCCUCAAGCCCUGUACUGCGCUCUUGUUGGUCCUGCACUAUCUCAGCAUUGCACUGCAUAGUAUGGCCACGACAUACAGCAACCUCGCCAUUCUCUGCGCGGGGCUGAAUACACUGUGUAGAUCAGUCGAAAGCGGGACCAUUGCUGAGCUUUCCGCAACCGAAGUAGCCAUGAGAUGGUACGAUGCUGGCAUUGAGCUCGAUCCGAAGACGCCACAUCUGGCUUGCAAUAAAGCUUCGCUACUGAAGGACAUGGGAAAUCUCAACGAAGCCAUCGUGUACUACCAGAUUGCCAUCAAGCUUCAACCCAGAUUCGCCAUUGCCUUGGCGAAUCUUGCCAAUGUGUAUAGAGAUCAGUCCAGAACGGAAGAAGCCAUUGAGGUCUACAAGCAGGCCCUGGAUGUUGAGCCGGACAUGCCUGAAGCGAUCUGUGGACUGCUCAAUGCUACCAUAGCUGUUGCCGAUUGGUCGCUAGCUUACCCAGAGGAAGGAGAGCCAGGCAACGGUCUGCUAAUCAGAGUGGCUCAGAACCUCGUCGAACGUCAGCUGGACGCAGGUGCUAGCUAUGGGACAGGAGCCUUCUCUGCUUCAUUCACACUGCAAGGCUUGGUCGAGCGCAUCUGUUGGUACACCAGUGACACUCGAGAGCACUCUGUUGAAUCCUGGUAUCGACAGUUGCUCCCGUUCUUCGACGGCUCCAUCAAUGCUCAGCGAGACAGCUUGAAGCUCAAUGAAGGAGGCUUUUUGCUUAGAUUGAUCGACUAUCUUCACCGCGCACUCCAACACCGCUGGUACUGCGAGCGUUUCGGCAGUGUGUCGUAUACAGACGAGCAGGCAGCUGUCAUCCAGCUUUCUCAGGCCGACACUCUUCGCUACCCUCGCAUUCGCCUCCUGGCAAGCGUGCUCGGGCUUCCCGCUGCCCCGCUGGUGCUUCCCUUUCAUACCUUCUUCACAGCAAUCGAAGGUGUGAUGAGCGUACGGGCCCUCCGGCUGAUCGCUCAUCGAAAUUCCCUCCGAAUCAGUCACAUCGGAAAUACCCAGCACUAUCUGCCAUCCAACAUAUACCCCCCACCGCCACCUCCCGCUCCCAGGAUCAGAGUGGGCUACAUUUCCUCUGACAUCAAAGAUCAUCCUCUCUCACACUUGUUGCAGUCGAUGUUCUCGAUGCAUGAUCGACAGGGCUUUGAGAUCUUUAUCUACUCUACCAGUCCCAGCGAUCACUCUUCCUACCGAACCAAAAUCGAAGGUGAGGCUGAGCCAGGGCACUUCGUCGAUGUCUCCGACCAAAGUAACUCUGCUAUAAUCGAUCAAAUCUUGAAGGAUGGCAUUCACCUGCUGGUCAAUCUCAACGGCUAUACGAAAGGUGCAAAGAAUGAGAUCUUCGCAAGUCGUAUUGCUCCUGUCCAGCUGCACUUCAUGGGCUUUGCCGGUGGCAUGGCAAGCAGCUGGACAGACUAUACGAUUGUCGAUGCCACUGCUUGUCCUCCGGAGGUCUCUUCGACUGUCCAGUGGAACGCAAGGCGAAGAGCCGGAAAGGGGCAUCGAUCUUUGACGUCUCUGCCUGGAGAGAUCGACCCGGAGGAGCUCAGCCACGAGUGGGUCUACACGGAAAAGUUCAUUGCGAUGCCUCACUCUUACUUUGUCAACAAUCACAAGCAAGACUCUCGCGAGGCUCCGCUACACCCACACCAGUCCGGUCAAGAGAUGAGCGCAGAGGAGCUGUGGGAGGAAGAAGAGGAACGCCGCUGGACGGCUCGCAAGGAGCUCUUCCCUGGUCUGCCGGACCACUUUGUUUGCUUCGCCUCCUUCAAUCAGCACUACAAGUGCACACCUGCCCUUCUCAAAUGCUGGUUGCGCAUCCUUCAGGCCGUGCCCAACUCCAUCCUCUGGCUGCUGGAAUUUCCCAAGGCCGCGACUCCCUACAUCCUUCGAGAUGCUCGCAAAUGGGCCGGAGACGAGGUGGCUAGCCGGAUUAUCUUCACCCCCAUAGCACCCAAGGCCGAGUUCAUCAGGAGAGCAAGGGUAGCCGACAUUGUACUGGACAGCUUCGAGGUCAAUGCGCAUACCACAGCUUGCGAUGCUCUCUGGAGCGGCACGCCCGUCCUUACUUUGCCCAAGUGGAAGAUGAAGCAGGCAUCGAUGGUAGCUAGCGGCAUCGUCAUGGCUACUGGCUAUGGCAAAGAGAUGAUUGUCGAUAGCGAGGCGGCCUAUGUGCAGAGGGCCAUUGAGCUUACUCGCGAUCUGGACUACGACUAUGUUGACGCAAGUGGUCAGGUGCUCAAGCCUGUCAUGACCUCGGAGACAGUACUGGCUAGCGAGCUUAUCCGUCUUGGUGAUAGCGCCAGAAAGGCAGGAGCAGCAGCCACCUCUUCAUCAGCGGCACCACCGAUUGCGUCGUCCCUCCCCGCAUCCUCUACCAGCUCUGUGACCCCCUAUCCUCAAGAUCAGAUACAGAAGAUAGCCGAGGGGCUCGAGCAGGGUGCCAUCCCCUCGACCUCGGCAAAAGAAGAGGCGCUCGACGCCCGCAUCAUCGCCAUUUCUCCACCACGUCACCAAUUCCGUCUUCCUCCGGGUCCUCAAGCACCCCCCUCUACCGUCUCUCGACGUGGUCGUGGCUCUCUCAUCUCCCUUCGCAAGGCCCUCUUCCUAGGUCGUGAGACCUCUCCACUCUUUGACACCCGUCGAUGGGUGCAGGACUUGGAGAGGGGGUACAGAGAGGCCUGGCGCAGGUGGGUCGAGGGGACGGAUAGAGAGGAGUCCCCUGCUUGGGAUGCGCUGAGUGAGGAGAUGAAGGCGAAGAGGAGUGGUCAUAUCUUUGUUGCUGAUUUGAUCAGGGAAGAGAAAGAGGAGAAAGAGAGGGACGGACAGCAAUGGGCUUAACAGGGUGCAGCGAGUCGCUCUUCGAUACGGACAUGCGCGACCUACGUUGCCUCGCACCGACGCUCCACUGUACUACAAUGACUCAAAAGAUUCUACAAACACUCCUGAUGCGCCCCCAUGCUAGCUACAGAUGUACGGUUCCAUCGAUCGUCUCUCGUCUUGGGCUCUACCGCUCUCCAUAUACC